AUGCCACCAUAUGAAGCUACGCGAUACAGGAACAGGCCCAGAGAAAGCGGACGAAAUCUGCGCCAUUUCACUGUCCAGCCGCCCUUCGACGGGGAUCCCGACGCCGAUGUUAUUCUACAAUCAUCGGAUGGCGUGAAGUUUCUUGUCAUCAAGUCCAUCCUUGCGCACGGGUCUACGUUCUUCAAGACUAUGUUGACUCUGCCUCAACCACCAAAUCGUGCACCUUUACCUAAGGAUCCAAUGUUUAGUACCGGCUCCCCGACAGAAUCCGGACUUCCAGUUAUUCCCAUGACAGAGUCGGACGCGAAAACAAUUGAUGUAUUUUUGCGGAUACUAUAUCCCAUCACGUCACCAGACAUCAAAGACCUCAAUCUUGUGGACAGUCUCCUCAAGGUCGGAGUCAAAUAUGAUUUUGACCUUGUAGUGGAUCGGGCGAAGGACGAAUUAUGUAAUUCAAUUGUGAGAGAUGAAGAUAAUGCCAUAAAGGUGUUUGGGAUAGCUUGUCGAUAUAGGCUAGAUGACACCGCCCGUCUUGCUUCAUACAUGACGCUCAAAAAGCCUUUCUGUUCAAGGCUUACUCCGGACUUCGAGGAGCUUAAAAUGAGGGACUUCUAUUGCUUGUUCGAUUACUAUCGGAAGGUGGUAACAGCGGUGCGAUCGUUGUUUUUAGAUGAGCAGAGCGGCGUGUCAUAUUGCAGGAAUAUCACGCACUCCAUUUUAGACAGGUCAGGGCGAUGCCCGCGUAGCCAUCGUGGCGAAGUGAUUACCCGAAGUCACGACGAGUCUGGCGUAGUGGACGUUGUGGAACAAGUAUAUUUCCUCGGCUGGUGGAUUGCAUUCAGAAAUUCGCUUUAUAUUAAGAUUGCCCAAGGACCUGCGUCGGAAAAAUUGGUCACCUUCGAGGCAAUCUGGAGGGAGGUAAAAGCCUGCUGUCCUCAUUGCCAAGCAACAGUCGAGAUGGAUCUUCGUUAUGGUUUGGCGGACGUUGUCAAUGCAGAGAUCAAGAGGCUCAUCAAUAGUGUGAGCCUUGAGAUACCAUGGGAUUGA